AUGGCCGACGACAUGUCUAUCGACAAGAAGGAACAUAGUAGAGAGGGCUCCGAGGAUUCCAUGGACCUCAACUCUCCAACUCCGGAGGCUGACCCUGGAGCCGCUCUUGAAACUGCUGGAGCCAGUCAACAGAAAAGAAAGGGUGGACGAAAACCCAUAUAUGCAACUUCCGAGGAACGGAAACAGCGUAAUCGGCAAGCGCAAGCAGCCUUUAGGGAACGCCGAACCGAGUACAUCAAGCAAUUAGAGGAAACUAUCCGUGUUCAUGAGACUAAUCUUCAUAACUUGCAAACGGCCCAUCGAAGUGCUGCUGAUGAAUGUCUCAUGCUGAGAUACAAGAACUCACUUUUGGAGAGAAUCCUACUGGAGAAAGGCAUUGAUGUUCAAGCUGAAUUACGUGCUAAGACUGGAAGUCCUCACCUUGGCCCAACGCAUAUACCGCAGAACAUGGCACAGGCGCCAACUGUCCAACGUGCCAUCAUGAACAGACAUCAUCAGGCCAGACGCUCCAACUCCAGCAUCGCACCGAAGCUAGAACCUGGCGCGCCCUUUCAGUCACCACAGUCAAGACCGACGCCGUCUUCUCACGCAUCAUCACCAACAUCUAACUCACCAGGGUUCCACCACCAACGAGUUCUGACGCCACCUGCUUCGGAACCUCAUAUGCAAUUUCAACAGCAACAGCAGCAGCAACAACAGCAGCAACAACAACACCGACUUCAAGCAGCUAAAUCGCAAUCUCCACAUGGAUUACCAGGAAACGCCGGGAUGGUCGUCAACACUGGGCUUGGUGCUUCCAUAGCACCAAAGGGACCGGGAAGUAGUGGGACGAGUGGUACGGGAGGCACUCCGGUAGCUGCCGCGUACUAUCCGUCCCCCUUCCAGAAUCACAUUAUUGAUUCCGUGAGUACAGAACAGGAGUACGAUGCCCAAGCCGAUAUGGUCGACGAAGACCCCACCGAAUCUGGGCCAGGCCCAUACCCCGAACCCCUCCCACCUAACCAACACCAUAUGGCCCAACAACAGGCCAUGAACCGAAACCAGCAACCUGGUCAGCAAGGCCAGGGCCAAGGCGUGCAAAUGGACGACAAUGCUCAGGGAUUCGGUUCUAUGACACAAUUACUCGAUCCUUACGACCCAAUGCUCGACAUGGAUCCCUUUGGACUUUCUGCAUCGAUGCAAUUUCCAUCAUCUUUCUCUUUCGAUACGAGCUCUAUGAGGUGA